AUGAAGAGAAUGAAUUCAGGAUUAUCGUGUGAUGUGGUUAAGCCAUGGCAGGCGUUAUUCGGGAAACUUCCAAAACGACUGCAGUUUUGGAAAAGUCACUCUUAUGAAGAGUGUUCAGCCAUGUCAGUAUUUCAAACGACGGUACUCCUUGUGAUUGUUGCCGUCUGCUGGAGUGCUCUGCCCAGCUUUUUCACUUGCUCGACAACCGCCACGUACGAUGGCUACGUUCACCCGGACUUCCAGGAGGUCAAGGAUGUUUUUGGGGGUCUUGUAGAUUACAGCCACUAUGUACACGGAUACUGGCCAGAGUUUCGCCAAACUGGCAAGGAGAAUGUGACAUUGGGAAUGCUUUUAAGUCACCAGGCUGGGCUGGUGUCUCUGGAUCGACAGCUUUCGUUGCUGGAAUACCGCGACAACUGGGCAGAAAUAGAAGAGCUGAUGGCCAAAUCUAAGCCUGCCUGGCCACCAGGAACCAGAUACUCAUACCACGCCUACACCUAUGGAAUGUUUGCCGACGCAGUCGUGAGAAAAGUUGACACUAAGCACCGAAAUAUCUCGCAGUUUUUCAAGGAAGAAAUUGCAGAGCCUUUCGGAAUUGAUUUCCACGUGGGCUUGCCCCCGGAGUUACACCACCGUGUGGCCAGGGGCCGUUUCACACCCAUCUGGGAGCUAUUAGCAGGGGCCUUUCUUCUGAAACCUUAUCGAUGGAAAUGGCUGCCAGAACUCUUACCUGGCAGCACGGUACACAGAUCAAUGAAUGUGUUCGACAUUAUGAACGAUAUGAACGUGAUGAACGACCCUGAACUGCAAGCUAUUGGCAUGCCUUCAGCUGUGGGGUUUGGCACAGCAAGAAGCUUAGCCGAGCUCUACGACUACUUAGCCAAUGAAGGAUCCAUCCACGGAAGGCAGUUACUGUCAAAACGUCAGGUAGCGGCGCUGUCUACGCCAGCAACAGAGAAUAUACCAGUAAUUGCAGUUCCUGAUGAACCAUUCGCCAUGGGUACAGCUGUAGGCAAGAGUAUCCAGGGUCGGCUAAUUUUCGGCCAUCGGGGCUAUGGCGGCCAAAAUGCCUUUGCUGACCCAGGCAACAGACUUGGCGUGUCCUAUGUCACCAACUUUAACAGCAGGUACUCUGACACUGACGAUCCGAGGGUCAUUGAUCUCCUCCGUGUAUUUUAUAAGUGCAUGCACAAAUAUAGUCUUCGAAACCAGAAGCGAUAG